CAAAAACCACAGUUUGAGGCUUCGGACACACACACCCGCCAUAGCCUCUUCUUUGUGACUUGUUUUCUGUACUUUCGUUCUUCCAGCUUACACCUAUAAGCAGACACUCCUGUUUGCUUCAUCAUAUUUCUCAUAUCACUUCACUUCAUUUCUUGGUGUCAUUUUGAUGUCUAAACCAUUAGAACAUGAUUACAUAGGCUUAGCAGCAUCAGAGAAUCCGUCCAUGGAGAAACACUCUGAGAAAAUAUCUUCUCCUUCUUCUGCUGCUUCGUCUACUCUUUCUUCUGAGAAGGAAAAUAGCUCUUCUCUUAAUUUCAAAGAGACAGAGCUCAGGCUUGGGCCUCCUGGUAGUGACUCUCCUCCUCCUCCUCUUGAGAGGAAAUCAGGAACUGGGAUUUCUCUUUUCGGGAAGGAUUUGCAGAGUAAUCAUAAUAAUACUGAUAGUAAUGCUAACAAUGCGUUCUGUUCUUCUUCCCCUUUGAAGAACAACGUGGCUGGAGCUAAGAGGGGUUUUUCUGACACCAUUGAUGGGAUUGAGUCUUCUGGGAAAUGGAGUUUUCCUGUAAGUGACAAAAUUGGGUCUGAAGCUGAUUUGGGAAAAGGAGCUUCUUUGUUCUCUCCCAGAGGAGGGAAUGCUGUGAAGCCUCCUCCCGUUGCUGCAGAAGCUUCUGCAAAUUCUGAACAAAAAAACAUUAAAGAUGGUGGAAAAGCUCAAGAGAAGAAGAAACCUCAGGUUACUGUUGCUGCUUCAAAUGAACAUGGAAGUGCUCCUCCUGCUGCUAAGGCACAGGUUGUGGGAUGGCCACCAAUUCGAUCUUUUCGAAAGAACAGCAUGGCCUCUACUUCAACAAAGAACAAUGAUGAAGGUGAGGGUAAAGCAGGAUAUGGCUGUCUCUAUGUGAAGGUCAGCAUGGAUGGUGCCCCUUAUCUCAGAAAGGUUGAUCUCAAAACCUUCAGCAACUAUGUGGAACUUUCUUCAGCUCUUGAGAAGAUGUUCAGCUGCUUUACCAUUGGUCAGUGCAGCUCUGGAGGACUUGCUGUGAAAGAAGGCCUAAGUGAGAGCUCUUUGAGGGAUCUUCUUCAUGGUUCUGAGUAUGUUCUUACUUAUGAAGAUAAAGAUGGAGAUUGGAUGCUUGUUGGUGAUGUUCCCUGGGAGAUGUUCACUGACUCGUGUAGGAGAUUAAGGAUCAUGAAAGGUUCUGAGGCAACGGGGCUCGCUCCAAGGGUGGUGGAAAAAUCCAGGGGCCAAAACUAGCUUGGCUGCAAAAGAAACCAGUUAAACCAGAAGAGGGAGGGACAACCAUUGAAGCAUUUGAAAAGAUUAAAGAUUUUAUCACAUCAUAUGUAUGUAAUCUCAGUGUUUCAUUUUUGUUUUUCAUGCAUUGAUAGACUGACAAGUUUUCUGUCUGUAGAAUUUAACUGGAGAAAUCCAGACCAUAUAUUUACAUAUAUACACUACAUACACACAUGGUUUUGCUGCUGUAUCUUUGGAUUUCUGUUGCCGUAUACAAGAUUUUCCUGUUGUGUCUUUA